GACAUCAACAGUUACACCAGAAGGAAAAAAAUGGUCAAAUAUUUCCAGAUACUCUGCUCAGUUUUGUUCUCUAUCAUGCUCCACUUGGCAAUCCUGGCUGCUCCAGGUGCUCGAGUUUGGUGGCCUACACAUGGACUUAUUAAGAUCAAAUGUCCUUAUAAGAAAGUAAAUUUGAGUUGGUUCAACAAAACAGUGGACCCUUGCCCUGGCCUAAAACAACCCAUCUGUGGCACCAAUUUUGUAACCUAUGAUAAUCCCUGCAUCUUGUGCGUUGAGAGCUUGAAAUCUGGAGGGAGAGUUAGAUAUUACUACAAUGGAAGGUGCUAGAUUCCUGGUAAUAAAGACCUGUUGGAAGCUGAUGGCUG